AAUCAGUCGUGCAGAUAAAAAGGGGAGCAUUGCCUGCAUUGGCAGGCUACAGCAUUGGCAGGCUACAGCAUUGAGGGCGCCCAAGGAAGGGCGUUAGGUGGGCUCAAGGCAACGACGGUAGAAGCAUCAUACAUAACCUGGUUAAGCUACCCCGACACACAGGCUGCAAUCCACGAUCCAACAGAACUAUCACUUGGUGCAAUUCAAUAUCAGCUUACUUCCGACAUGACUACCUCGAAGCCUCUAGAGUACUCGGCUGAUUUGCAGGAGUUCGCCAUUUCUGCACCAGAGUACUUGAGCCAACAUCCGCAGCACGAUGUCCUCGUCACCGGAGCAGUAGUGUUUGACAAGGAUGGCAAGCUUCUGCUGGUACAACGUGCAGCCGAUGAGAGAGCGUUUCCCGAUUUCUGGGAGAUUCCCGGGGGCAAGGUGGAAGAUGACGACGAAACAAUUCUACAUGGUGCGGCGCGAGAGUUGAAGGAAGAAACGGGACUUAGGGCGACGCGGGUGCUAGGAAAGGUGGCGCAGUUUACAUUUGGCGACGAGAAGCCCGGUCGGCCGACGACUAGGUGGUUGAAGCUCAUUUUCGAGAUGGAGGUGGAGCAUGCUGACGCCGUCGUACUUGACCCGGUGGAGCAUCAGCGGUUUGUGUUUGCUUCUGAGGAAGAAGUGGUCAACGACGGAGCAGGCGAUAUAGUGUUCAAAUACAUCAACGCAACGAACAAGGCGGUCAAGCUGGAGGCGUUCAAGCGCAGAGAGGAGGCCCAGCCGUCUUGAUCGGUGUCGACUGUCAUUUACUAGCGG